CAGGUACCUAAGAAAAAAUAUCUAUUAUAUCUUCAAUAAGAAGGAUAAGCAAAUUAUCCACAUAUUGAUUACAAAAUGAUGCUUGCAUAUCCGAUUUUUGUGCGUGUUCCAAAUAUACCAUGUGCAAGGAAAAACGGAUAAAUGUAAACAAAAUGGCUGACCAGGUGGAUGACAAACUUGAAAAACUGAAAAGUUUUAUGAAGGAUGUGAAAGAUAUCGAAAAGAGAGACGAAGUUUUAACUAGUGAUAAGCAAAUAGAAAGGCUAACAAAGCCAGGCUCUAAAUAUCUUAAUUUAAAUCCAUAUGAAGUAUUACAAGUACGACCUGAUUCUUCUGAAGAAGAAAUCAGAAAAAGUUACAAAAAAAUGUCUAUAUUAGUCCAUCCUGAUAAAAAUCCAAAUGAUAAAGAAAGAGCAGAAAAGGCAUUUGAAGCAAUAAGGAAUGCUAACAAGCUUCUUCAAGAUGAGGAUCAAGUAAAAAAAAUUAAACGUUUGCUGGAGGAAGCAGAUGCAAUGGUUCAAAUAAAUUUAAGAGAUAAAAGGAAAGAGGUUAAAAAGAUAUCACCAUUAGCAACAAUACCAGAAGAUGAAAGUCCUGAAGCAUAUGCUAGAUUAAAGAGAGCAAUAACAGCAAAACUAUUUGCCGACAACGAAAUAAAAAAACAGGAAGUGGUAGAAAGGCAACAACAAGAAAAAAAGCGUGAACGGGAACAUGAAAUAGAUGAAGAAGACAAAGCAAAAAAACAGAAAGAAUUUGAGAAAAAGUGGGAUGAAAGUCGAACAGGACGUGUUAAUGAUUGGCGAAACUUUCAAAAAAAUGCUAAAAAGAAAGAGAAAAAGCAUAAAACAAAGGCUUUUAAGCCUCCCUCUAUGAAACCAGAAAAAAGAUAACUCUAAAUGCAUAUUAUGCUUAUGUCAAAUGUUGUAUCAUUUCUCAACAAUCAAGUGGUGUUUGCAAGAUAUCUAUUUUUGAACAUCUAUUCCUAUAAAACUGGACUUCUAAUUCUGUUAAUCAAUUUUAUAAUGUUGAAUUCUCAGAAUGUUUUUAUUACAAAAUGUGGUCAUUAAACCUCCUUACUAGCCUAUGUAUAUAUAUUGAACACUAAAAUAAACAAUGAAUGUUAUUUCUCCCCUA